AAACGCACUGUUGCAUAUUAUUUCUGUUAUGAAAUGUUAGGUGGCAACGCUUAGUCUCCGUUACAACAACAAAUACACAACAAAAGCAAUUUAAGCUCUCACUACACUUAGCACUUUAGAUCUAUACGAUCUGAAUACUCAAUUAGUUUAAAAUCUAUCAAAAUGCAAGCCUCUGUGUUCAUUAUCACUGUGAUAUUCGUUAUAAUAGCCAACAAUGCGCCUCAGAUAAAUGCCCUUCUGCGUCGCUGCUAUCAAUGCCGUUCCCGUGGAGAGCUGGGCAGCUGUAAGGAUCCAUUCAGCUUUAACGCUACCGACGUGGACAGGGAGCCAGGCCUAUCCGCCAUACCAUGUGCCAGCGGCUGGUGUGGCAAAGUGAUCGAGGGCGGCGGUACCUAUGCGCUCGAUGACUACGAUCUGGCCAUACAGCGCAUGUGCGUGCAGCGCGGACCCGACGACAAUAUGGAUCGGUGCGCGGACACAAUCUACAAUUAUAAGAAAGUCUUUAUGUGCUUCUGCCAGGGUGAUCUGUGCAACACUAGCUGGGAGUUGGCAACCCUGCCGUCGCACACCUCUGCUGUUUUGUUGGGCACAUUAUGUUACUCCAAACAAAGAAAAUAUACAUAUACAUAUAUGUAAUAUAUAAUUAUGUGCAUAAUGCAGGACGGUUGUAUGGGCAAC